AUGGCGUCGUUCACGGGGACGCAGAGCAAGUGCAAGGCGUGUGCCAAGACGGUGUACCCCAUGGAGCAGCUCACGGCCAACGGCAUCAUCUUCCACCGGGCCUGCUUCAGAUGCGCGCACUGCAAAGCCACCAUUUCGCUGAACUCGUUCGCGGCGAUCGAGGGCGUGCCGUACUGCAAGCCGCACUUCGAGCAGCUGUUCAAGCAGACGGGGUCGUACACGCGCAGCUUCGAGGGCGCCAUCAAGGCCGAGAAGGACGCCACGCCCCCCCCCGAGAGCCUCACGCCCUCAGCAGUGGUCAAGGCAACCGAGAAGCGGUCGACGCCCAGCCCCCUGGCGCUCAAGUUCGGCGGCACGCAGGACAAGUGCAAGGUCUGCAGCAAGACCGUGUACCCGCUUGAAAAGAUCAGUGUGGAGGGAGUGACGUACCACAAGCAGUGCUUCCGGUGCGUGCACAGCAACUGCAGCCUGACCACGUCCAACUACGCGGCGCUGAACGGCAGCCUGUACUGCAAGCACCACUACAACCAGCUCUUCCUCGUCAAGGGCACCUACAGCAACAUCAACAAGUCCGCUGCUGUCGCUGCUGCCCUAGGCGUGCCUGCAGAGGAGAGCGCCGCAGCACCGGCUGAUGGUAGCGGUGGUGGUGGAGGUGCUGCUUCUGGGAAGGCUGCUGCAGGGGACGAAUCAACUGCAGGGAAGGAGGAGAAACCAGCAGCGGCGGCGGCAGCGGUGGCCGCGACGACUGCUGCAGCUGCUCCUGCUCCUGCUCCUGCUGCGAAGGCCCCUCCUGCUGCUGCUGCAGCGAACGACAGCGACAGCGAUGACACAGACACGGACACCGAUAGCGAUGACGAUGACGACAGUGAUUGA